GAAAUUUUGGAAACUUUUCCUGAUUGCAAAGUGAUUUUGAGCGAACGAAAUGAAGAUUGUUGGGUACAAAGUUGGGUAAAACAACUUGAAAUGACCCACGCUCUUCGCGCGACAACGACAGGAAUUAUAGCGUUAAGUCUAUCGCAAACUGCUAGAGAGAUGAACCACGACGUUGUGGACUGUUGUCGUACUGCUUUACUUGGAUCUAUAAACCCAAAGUCCACCUGUGUUUUCAAGAAGCGAUAUCGUAUGCACAAUCACCGUGUCAAGUCCAUUGUACCACCCGAGAAACUACUGGUGUACAAUGUAAAACAAGGAUGUAAACCGCUGUGUGAUUUCUUGGGCUGCGAGGUUCCAACAUCUGCCUUCCCACAUGAAAAUGUCAAGGGAGAAAUCGUCCUAAAGCUCUCAGAAAUGAAAACAUUUGAGCGGCAAGUGAAAUGGGAAGUUUUGAAAUCGUUUUUGGGGAUCCUUUUUAUUACCGCGGUUAUUGUAGCUUCACUCGUUGCAGUUUGUUAUUUGUGAUUAAACAAACAUCUAGAAAAUUUAUUACUCUUUUCGAUACUCAGUUGGUUAAACAGUAUAAGGCCAAUCAUGUUGUAAUUCCCGGCAUAGUAAAUCGAACGUUCGAAAAUCGAACUCAAUCGAACUCAAUCCGUGGAUUGAGUUCGAUUGAGUUCGGCAAUCGAACGAAAUCGAACACCACACUUUCAGUGAGUUCGAUUUCCGAACAAAUCGAAUUCAAUCGAACAAAUCGAACUCAAUCGAACUCAAUCCGUCUGAUUGUGUUCGAUUGAGUUCGGAAACCGAACUCAAUCGAACACAAUUAAAAGGAUUUCGUUCGAUUGGCUCUGGUGAACCUAUACAAAGCAAGCCCAAAGCAAGCCCGUCAAAGAAAGUUUUUCAUGCGCUUUUUUUACUAUUUAUUCUAUAUCACAAACCCCAUUUAUAAACUGUCCACGGUAGUUAAGAGAAGAGAACAGAACAAACCCUGAAAACUUCGCCAUCCUUGACGUCAAAGCGGCAUUCCUGGUAGCCUUUGACUAUACAUUUGAAGUUUACGAUCCACAACGCAUCUGAAGCCAUUUCUGCGGAAUUUCUUCGUUUACGAAAAACACGUGCGCUACACUCAGGGCUGAAGUAAUUCGAGCUUCUAAGAUCUGGUAAUGGAUUUUCAACGUCUGUUUUACAUAAAUCACGAGUUCGAAAAUCAAACGUUCGAUUGGGUUCGAUUGAUUUUUUUUCUUUUCGGUGAGUUCGAUUUCGUUCGAUUGCCGAACUCAAUCGAACUCAAUCCACCGAUUGAGUUCGAUUGAGUUCGAUUGAAAUUUAGUUCGAUUGGGUUCGAUUUACUAUGCCGGGUGUAAUUUAACCAAAUUUUUAUUUAUCUUUUUCCUUCCGUGUGCUAACUUACUUCAAAAACAGUUGGAACAACAUGUUCUUAAAACGUUCAGCCCGAUUUAUUUUCUGUAAUAUUUCCCCAAGUUCUUAUUCCCAUUUUCUGCGUUGACGUUUUUAUUAAAAAGGUUGUAAGUUGUUUCUCGACUUUUUCACAUGCACCUGUUAAUCUUUUUGGGCCGAAAUGACAGAUUUUUUUUUCCUUUUCAAAUGCCUCAACUACUGUAAUCAGUGCUGGAUCCAGACCUUGAGAUAAGGGGGGGAGGGGGCGGGGGGGCGGUCUCCAAAAAAAAUUUUUUCGGCCUUUCGGGCCUCAGCUUGGUCGAAAAAUAAGGGGGCCGGGCCCCCGGCCAUUCAGGCCUCAGCUUGGUCUAAAAAUAAGGGGGGGCCGGGCCCCCCGGCCCCCCUGGAUCCACCACUGGUAAUCCCUACCCUUUCAUAUACCUGACGCCUAAAUUUCGGUCCGAGCCCCCCCGUAUGGACCAUUAUAGGGGAGUACCCCUGGGUUUUCCCCACACAAAGAAGCGAAGUUAGGCUACAAUUUUUCAUCAUCGCCGCGUGCUUCUUAUUUUUAAAAAUCACUUCUGAAUGAUGCUGAAAUAUCAUAUCACAUCAUGCAGAGAAUCGGUCUUGCUUAUCCUUAGCACAUUUACCUCUCUGACAACUUCAGUUUGGUUUACCAAAUAUCCUUUGAAAUAUGUAAUGUUAUAAGGCCGAAAUUUUACAAGAAUGUAAGGACUUAUUGACCAUUAAAGCCCUCAGAAACUUUGCACUCUUGACUCUCAUACUAUUUCCUGUCUUUGCUGAUGUAUUACAUGCACAGAGGUAAAAAGAGCUUAGUCAGCUAGGUUUAGCAACCUUUUUCAACUUUUUUUUUAAAAAUUGCGUUUUAAAAAGCAUAAUAUCAUUUUUGAAAACCGUUUGCUGCUGUAAACAAUGACGUCAGCACAUAUUUGCCUUAACGCGUGGUCGUGGCGUUCACAUGAGAGCACGCUAGUGAAUACAUUACUAAAGCACAGGCAUACCAAACUCACGUGAGAGCACUUGUUGAAAAAUUUAGGAAAAUAAUGCGUCACGUAGGGUGGCUAUUUGAAGAGUACAU